CGUUAUUUCUAUUUGAUACCGGAAGCGUUUUUUUUAUAAACAGGAUUUUCGUAUUUCAAAACAUAUUUUGUGCUCUUUUGUUACUGCAGCAACUAGAAUGUAAAGUAGCCGGUCCGGGUAAAACAAAGAAAACAAAAUCCCAGUCAUAAACACUGUCAGUUUAAAGUUUAAAGUAAAUACAAAAACAAAGUAGAGAAUGGUUACAUUCGCAAGCGACUGAAAAAAAGUGACUUUAUGAUCGUUGGCAGGGUUUUGUUUUGCUGGCAUUAGUUCUUGCUGCUGGGAAUUGAUCAGUUUGUGUUUGCUGGUAUAAUGGAUGACGAUUUUUUGUUAGCCUUAAAGUUACAAGAGCAGUUUGACAACGAAGCAACAUUCCACCUGACGAACAACAUUGACAAUAAUAGUUACGAUGAGACUAAAAAGAGGAAAGUUGAAUCGACGCAGGGUCAAAUUGUGCCUAGCUAUUCUCGGUCAUCCUUCAACCCCGAGAGGCCGAUGUCCAUUGUAGAUGAGUCCUGGGAGAACCUCGACCCCAGCCCCGAUGUCAGGGCGAUGUUCAUGGAGUUCAAUGACACGUUUUUCUGGGGGAAGCUCUGUGGAGUGGAAGUCAAAUGGAGCGCUCGGAUGACAUUGUGUGCAGGGGUGUGCUGCUAUGAAGGCAGAGGAGGUCUGUGCUCAAUCCGCCUCAGUGAACCGCUGCUGAAACUGAGACCAAGGCGGGAUCUGGUUGAGACUCUCUUACAUGAAAUGAUUCACGCAUUGCUUUUCGUCACGCAAAACAACAGAGAUCGGGAUGGACAUGGACCAGAGUUCUGCAAGCAUAUGAAUAGAAUAAAUAGCGCUACUGGGACCAAAAUUUCAAUUUACCACAGCUUCCACGAUGAAGUGGAUCAAUACCGGCAGCACUGGUGGCGCUGCACAGGUUCCUGCCAAACUAGGAAGCCUUUCUUUGGCUACGUGAAGCGAUCUAUGAACAGAGCCCCAUCUGCCAACGACACCUGGUGGGCAGAGCACCAGCGCACAUGUGGGGGCAAGUAUGUAAAAAUCAAAGAACCUGAGAAUUACAAGAAGAAAGGAAAGAAGGGAGAGACUGAUGACAAGAAGCAAGAAACCAAGAUAAAGGAAGCCAUUAACAAGAAGGAAGCUCCUAAAACACUAGACAGUGGCAAGACCUCACAUGGUACUGGCAAAGUUAACGGUGUGGACAUUCAAACAGUAAUCCCAUUCAGUGGAAAAGGGUUUGUCCUCGGAAAGAGUUCUCAGGGGUCUCCCCAGAAAUCCUCCAGCCUGGGUAAACCACCUGAAAACAGCAAUCUGUUUGGCUCGCAGGAGUCUCCAGUGGAUAGCCUGAAGGCAAGCGGGAAUGGCAAGCUAGAAUGGCCUGAACAGCUCCACUCGUCUCAAACAAACAGUACUGCCAGUGCAUUUCCUAACUCUGGGUGUCUCACUGGUAACACAAACCUACCAUCAAGGCAACCUCAGUCCUCAGGGAAAAAAUCAGUUGGUAAUAGUAAGGUAUUUAGAAAUGUUAAAGGAUCCCCUGUAAGAAUUUUGUCACCAAAUGGGCAGUUGAAAAUCCUGAAUGAUUUUGCAGGGGUAGAGCAGAGGACUGUCUAUGAUGUAUUCAAUUUGAAAAGCUUUAAACCACCUGAAAAGCCUGGGGUAAGUGCAAGCACCACAAACUUCCCGAAAGUAGAAAGUCAUUCUGCAGAGGCAAAGCAAAGGUCCAUUGUCGAUGCUCUUUAUUCCCAAAGCUUUAAAUCAGCCGAAACAAGUGGGGCAAGGGGAACUGCUAUGGAACACAGAAAACCUGAGAAUCGGCCUCCAGAUCAGUCCUUGGGGUUAAAACAAAAGAGCAGUUUUGAGGGAUUUAAUUCUAAAUACUUUAAAUCGGCAGAAAAGGCUGUAGCAGACGGAAGCGGUGUGAACCCCAAAAAGAGACUACGUGAAGAGAACCACACUGCCCCAAUUUUGGAGUUUUUCCAGAAGUCCAAAAAAGAAUUGGAAAAGCCAACUACUGCAAACACACACAGUAGUAACACAGUGGCAAACAUUCUCCCUGCAGCUGCCCGUCCUAACCCCAGCCCCGCCAGCUCUCCUAGUAUUACAGUUAGUUGUCCUGUGUGCCAAAUUAGCAUUUUAGAGUCCAAAAUUAAUGCGCAUUUAGAUUCAUGUCUUGUAUAAUGGCAUAUUUUAUACCCAGCAGUUUUAAACCAAUACAGUUGUUUUAUAUUUUAAAACUGGCAGCUAUGCUACAAUAGUGACUCUCCCUGAAUCUACAGAAACGCAAAAUAGUGAAUUUUAACAAAUUUAAAAGAGCAUUCAAGUGGUGUACUUGGCUUUGUCAUGUCUAGAUUGUCUAAUGAUUGUGUUAAGCCAAACAAUAAUUUGCUCGAGUUGCUUCCAAACACGUCUGAUUGCUUAGUCAGCCAGCCUUUGUUAUGUUGUUACUUGCUUUUGGACAGUUUAAUUUUUUUUUUUUCUCUUGAACUCAGGUUUUGUCAGUGGGCCCCUUCACAGCUCAAGCUGUCUGCUCAGAGGCGUGUAAAGCAAACUGCUCAUGCAUUUCAGGAAGAGUGCCAAUUCUUGUUCUUUGACUGUCAAUCAUUUUAUUUCACACAAUGGUGCUGCCUACCCAAAAGCCUUAAAAUAUUACAUCAUGCUAGAAUCAGGGUUACUCUUUGCAGUGGUUUUAUGUUUUUAUGUACCAGUUUAUGGGGGAAGAUGUGUGUAUCAUCUGUGUAUAUGAACACCCAAAAUGUAGUUUUAUUAAUGGACAAUUAAUGGAAAGCUUGAAGCCAUACUCAAUUUGGUAUCAUUGUUAAUUUGAAAGUAAAACUUUUGCAACAAGCUAGCAAAGGAACCUUGUCUUCCAAAAAGCUUGUCUUACAAAAAACAUACAUUCUGUUGAUGUAACAGUACUUCAGAUCUAUCCAUUAGAUUGCUUUAAAAUAGGCUAGUUAUUUACAGCUUUCCAGUUGUAAUCUGGGUUGUUAUCCUUUGUUUUGAAUAGUUUCAUCAAUGACUUUGCUUUGAACUUGAAUUCCUUUUAUAAUAUUAAAGCUUUCUUAACGUAUGAAAAUAUUUGCUGUGAAAUAAAGAUGUUUAUCUAGUAAUUCAGGGUACAACUGAAUGGUGAAUAGUUUCAGUACAACUGAAACUGAAUAGUACAAAUACACCUAAACUAAGAACACUGUAUUUGUUUGGGCAGGCCUACAACAUAUUAGAAAUUCUCAUUUGAUUUUAGUAUGAACCCGCCUUGGACAUUCUUUCACGGUUAAAUGAAGACUUUUAAGAUAGAAAAGGUAGAUAAUAAUUAUUUUAAGGUUUUAGUGUUUUGUACUAUUGUUUUUGUGUGUGUGUGAAAUUGCAGUUCUAAAAAGUUUUAUAUUUGAAA